GCAUCCUAGAAUGACUUCUGGUACAAUUUAUGCUGAGAUUCAUAAUCAAUAAUUAUAUAACAUUAGAAUACUUUAAAGAUAUUUGAUGCAUUGGGGUGCUUAUGUGAAAUGGAACAGACCCAUAGACCACAAAAUAAUAGAAGCUUUUGGCUUCAACAGAAGAUGGCCAACAUGCUGAGAUCGUGGCUGAUGCUCGCAGCGCUCCUCGUUUGCUUGCUGGUGUGUUGGAGCAGCUUCGCGGACGCAUACCCUCCCAAACCGGAGAGCCCAGGGAGCAAAGCCUCACCGGAGGACUGGGCCAAGUACCACGCAGCCGUCAGGCAUUAUGUCAACCUUAUCACCAGGCAGAGGUAUGGGAAGAGGUCAACCCCUGAGCAGGCGAUGGCGUGGCUGCUGUUUGGGGCUGAUUCAAGUCAAGACACUGAACCACGCUUGGAGUAUAGUGAUCAGUGGUAAAACAGACUCCCACUGACCUUUGUGACUCUCCCUGUUUAAUUACUUAAUGUGCAUGCAAAUCUGUCUCUGUUUGUCUGCCUCUGCCAGCAUAGUCAUUUGUUCUUUGGCCAACAAUGUAAAUAAUUUGUAUUAAAAUCAAGCUAUUUCAAAUGGAAUAAAGUGGUUGAUUUG